CUCCCAUCCUCCGCCCCCAUGGUCUCAGAGCCAGGCCCUUCCAACCACAGCACCCCUGACUUGGGGUCGGGGCCGCCAUCGGGCCCGGGGGUCAACGGGUGGCUGGCGGUCGCGCUGUGUACGGUCAUCGCCUUGACCGCGGCGGCCAACUCGCUGCUUAUCGUGCUCAUCUGCACGCAGCCGGCACUGCGUAACACGUCCAACUUCUUCCUGGUGUCGCUCUUCACGUCGGACCUGAUGGUGGGGCUGGUGGUGAUGCCACCGGCUAUGCUGAACGCACUGUACGGGCGCUGGGUGCUGGCACGCGGCCUCUGUCUGCUUUGGGCCGCCUUCGACGUGAUGUGCUGCAGCGCCUCCAUCCUCAACCUCUGCCUCAUCAGCCUAGACCGCUACCUGCUCAUUUUGUCGCCGCUGCGCUACAAGCUGCGCAUGACGCCCCCGCGCGCCUUGGCGUUGGUCCUGGGAGCCUGGAGUCUGGCCGCGCUCGCCUCCUUCCUGCCCCUGCUUCUGGGCUGGCAUGAACUGGGCCGCGCACGGGCUCCUGCCCUGGGCCAGUGUCGCCUGCUGGCCAGCCUGCCCUUCGUCCUCGUGGCGUCCAGCCUUACCUUCUUCCUGCCGUCAGGCGCCAUCUGUUUCACCUACUGCAGGAUCCUGUUGACUGCCCGCAAGCAGGCGGUGCAGGUAGCCUCCCUCACCACGGGCAUGGGCAGCCACGCCUUGGAGACACUGCAGGUGCCUCGGACCCCUCGUCCAGGGGUAGAGUCAGCUGAGAGCAGGCGUUUGGCCACCAAGCACAGCAGAAAGGCCCUGAAGGCCAGUCUGACACUGGGCAUCCUGUUGGGCAUGUUCUUUGUGACCUGGCUACCCUUCUUUGUGGCCAACAUAGCCCAGGCUGUGUGUGACUGCAUCCCCUCAGACCUUUUUGAUGUCCUCACGUGGCUGGGUUACUGUAACAGUACCAUGAACCCCAUCAUUUACCCCCUCUUCAUGCGGGACUUCAAGCGGGCCCUAGGAAGAUUCCUGCCAUGUCCUGGUUGUCUUCGGGAGCGCCAGACCAGUCUCGUCUCGCCGUCCAUGCGCACAUCUCACAGUGGCCCCCGGCCAGGCCUAAGCCUGCAGCAAGUGCUACCCUUGCCCCUGCCCCCCAACUCAGACUUGGACUCAGACUCAGCUGGCUCCUCGGGCCUGCAGCAGCUCACAACCCAGCUACUGCUUCCUGGGGAGGCCACCCGGGAUCCCCCACCACCUGCCCGGGUCACUGCCUCUGUCAACUUCUUCAACAUUGAUCCGGUGGAACCCGAGCUGCGGCUACAUCCUCUUGGUACCCCCACGAACUGACCUGGGUCUGGAGCUGGCCAGUGGGG